AUGGAUUCCCAGAACACCGGCACUAAGUUGUCCCAUAAGUUAUUUAGUGUAUGGAAAGUCAAGUAGUUUCCUUCAUGUGGACUUCUCUAUGAGUUUAAUUUCCACCUGUCUCUCUUUUGUUUUUUGAAUCUCAUACUUUGAACUUUUCACAGAGCCAUCCUCCAGUCUUACCGCUCAGCAUCAGUCCGGAGCGCGUGCACCUGGACCAAACCAAAUCGUAGCCCCUCGUCAUCACUUUUCUCGCCUUACGGCGCCCCUGGCUAAAGUCAUGCGACUUCUAUUACAAUAACUACUACAUCUCACUAUGUGUCAUAGAGAAAGAUAAAGUGUACAAGUUAAGUGUAUUCUGUUACCUGGUAUGGAUAGUGAAAUGUGUUCAGAUGGCUGUGUUUAGAUCGCUGUGCUUUGCCAGCCAUCUAUCGAUUCUCCAGUGCAUGCUGCAGUUUGUCCAGGUAUAAGCGUGUCAGCAACUCAGCCUCGAAGAGGAGAGGAAAAGAGAGGGAGGGAAGAUAAAUAAGCCCAUAAGGGCUGCUUUGAGUAAGGUAGAGAAGUGAAAGGAGCACCCAGACUUGUUAAAGACUGCUGGCUGCAUUGCAGAGAGAUCGGGUGCUGGUUAGGAUGCCCAGGGAGGGGAGGGGAGCAGGUGGUGAAGGAGCCGCUCAGCAGUGUUGGGCUCUCAGUCGACCAGAUUGGACAGAGUGAUAAAGGAGGACGCUUUCAGCUCUGCUGAAAACAGUAGGUGCAAAAUGAGCAGAGACUGCAGAAGAGAGAAGAGAAGCUAGAGAAAUCCCCUGACAAAGAAGAUGUCAAAACUAAGGCAGAGACGGAGCCUCUUGCUUUGAAUCUCAGGCAUCUUCACUUUGCUCUGACCAUGUCCAUGGGAUGGAGAGCAACACACGCAGACGGCAGAAUAACUGCUGCUUAACACCGACAGAGACUGCACCAACGUCAGCUGCUGGCUGAGCACCUCUGAUCACAUCUCAGCUUGGGGACUUCAUCCCCUGGGAAACUCCUGGAAGAUCGAAGGAGAAGGAGGAGGGUGGCUUACAGGCGCGUCGGUUGGAGUGUGGUGGUCAAAGCUGCCUGGUGUAUUUUUGGAUGUGAAUUAAGCAAGCAAGCUGGAAUAAAGAUGUAGUGUGAGCUGGAGGAAGGAGGGGGAGAGAACAAGGAAAGUUGUGUGCAGAGGAGAGGAGAGGGCUGGAUGUCCUGGCUUGACAGACUGAAAACUGGAAAAUACAGAGGGGGCACUGGUUCAGGAAGAUGCCCUCUUGCUACAGGAAUGCGCUGAACAUUGUGGUCACCACCCUUUUUGCUGCGGUGGUCCUCUUCACCAUUCUGUUGGCCUAUGUUACAGGCUACCAGUUUAUCCACACUGAGCAGCACCACCUGUCCUUUGGCCUAUAUGGUGCCUUCCUCUCCCUCCACCUCUUUCUCCAGAGCCUCUUUGCAUUCUUGGAGCAUCGGCGGAUGAGGAGUCCUGCCCGACCGCAACACCUCCGUCGUUCCGUGGCCCUCUGCAUCGCAGCUUAUCAAGAGGACCCAGACUACCUAAGGAAGUGCCUGCACAGCAUCUGCCGAAUCUCUUUUCCAGGCUUGAAGGUGGUGCUGGUUGUGGAUGGAAAUAGACCUGAGGACCGCUACAUGAUGGACAUUUUCCAUGAAGUGAUGGGAGGAGCGGACCAGGCUGGCAGCAUGGUGUGGAAGGGGAACUUUCACAGGGACGGUAGUGGAGGUGAGGGGAAAAGCACAGCGCACAUGGACGAGAUGGCACAGGUGUCAAGGAUGGUCAGAGGUUACCGCUAUUCUUGCAUUAUGCAGGAGUGGGGAGGUAAAAGGGAGGUGAUGUACACUGCCUUCAAAGCGCUGGGGGACAGUGUGGAUUACGUGCAGGUGUGUGAUUCAGACACAGUUUUAGACCCAGCAUGUACCAUAGAAAUGCUCAAGAUCCUGGAGGAAGAUCCAAUGGUGGGAGGGGUUGGUGGAGACGUGCAGAUACUCAACAAGUACGACUCAUGGAUCUCCUUCUUAAGCAGUGUGCGCUACUGGAUGGCCUUCAACAUUGAGCGUGCGUGCCAGUCCUACUUUGGCUGUGUCCAGUGUAUCAGUGGCCCUCUCGGGAUGUACAGGAACUCCUUGCUACAGCACUUCUUGGAACCAUGGUACCACCAGACCUUUUUAGGCUCCAAGUGCAGCUUCGGAGAUGACCGCCACCUCACCAAUCGGGUGCUUAGCUUUGGGUACAAGACAAAAUUCACAGCUCGAUCACAGUGUCAGACUGAGACACCAACCCAGUAUCUGCGUUGGCUCAACCAGCAGACUCGAUGGAGCAAGUCUUACUUUCGUGAAUGGCUCUACAAUGCCUUGUGGUUCCAUAAACACAGCCUCUGGAUGACUUAUGAAUCCAUGGUCACUGGCUUCUUCCCUUUCUUCUUGGUUGCUACAGUCAUCCAUCUCUUCUAUCGUGGACGGCUGUGGAAUAUCCUGCUCUUCUUAUUGACAGUCCAGUUGGUUGGGAUGGUGAAGGCGACCUACGCCUGUUUUUUGCGUGGCAGUCUGGUCAUGAUCUUCAUGUCACUUUACUCACUUCUCUACAUGUCCAGCCUUCUUCCUGCCAAAAUAUUUGCCUUGCUUACCAUAAACAAGGCUGGAUGGGGCACAUCAGGCCGCAGGAAGAUUGUGGUCAACUUCAUUGGAGCUGUGCCAGUUACGGUUUGGGCUAUGGUGCUGCUUGGAGGUGUGGCAUAUACAGUUUACUGUGAAACACAGGAGCCAUUCAGUGAGACUGAGAAAGCCUUAUUGAUAGCAGGGACGAUACUCUACGCCUGCUACUGGCUUAUUCUUGUGGUACUGUACUUGGCAAUUGUAGCCAAACGGUGUAAUAAGAGGGAAGAACAGUAUCAUCUGCCAUAUGAAGAGGCCUAAACUGGAAAUAUUGCUUGUCUGAGUUUCACUGCAGUAUGAUACGAGCAAGGUCUCUACUCACCUUGCUGGAAAUACAAACAUUGAACAAGGAACACACAUCUUCAUCGCUGGUGCUACAAAACUGUGAUUCUUAAAUUUGAGAAGCAUGACUCUAGUGGUGGGGACUUACAGAUCCAUACAGUUCUUCCAUUUAUCCCAUGUUUUAUGGUGCUUCACAGUGAAAACCUUAACCAAGCAGAAUAGUUCAUAAUGUUAUAAAAUAUCCAUAUACUUGCUACGAAGAACAUCAGGUAAUUGAUGGGUACAGGUUACUUUUUUUGUAAUGAAAAGUGUCAUACAGUGUUUUACAUUUACAAAAAUACAUGUGAAACUUUUAUAUUUAAGAUGUUUACUUAGAUUAGUCAGAGCACCUGAUUUGGAAAAGAGAAGGGAGGCUCAGUAGGUGUAGAGUCCAGACAGAGACAAAGCAAAUUUAAAAAAGAAAUAUGAACCUGCCAACAAAUUCCACUGAAGAUGUGUUUAACAUGGAAGAGAGGAAGAGCUGAAUUUGUCCUGGCCAGUCAGCAUGAAUUUAAAAAUAUAGAGAGGUAGGAAGUAGGAAGAGUCUUUAAGAAAUAAACAGAAAAUACAGUAGUGUGUGAGUUAUACUUAAAAAAACAUCCAUACUCUGUAACAUCCUAAGAUCUGUACCGUUGGUGCAUGAAAAAAAAUUACAUAAAUAUUCUGUCUUAAUUUUGCUACUUCCAUUUUUACAAUUUAUACUUUAAUAGUAUAUACAUUAUACUAUGUAUCUACUAGAGUAGUGUGUGAAUUUCAGUAAAGUAACAUUGUCUCAAAUUGUCUGUGUAGGUUCUCAGAUGUCCAGGUGAUGAUAGUCUAAGGAGCUUGGAAAGAAAUCGUCUGAACUUCUUUAAGCUUCUUUAAGACUUUUAGGCUCUCGUCUGAGAAGCUUCCUCAGUUCCACUGCUCAUUCACAGUGGGCAUAGAUGAAUGACCAUCUUUGUACAGAGGGGAUGGCUUAUGACACCAACUGUCUGCCACUUACUAUGCAGGUCUGAGUUCCCUUCCCAGGCGCCUCACCCUCCACUUAGCUCUUGCAUCAGGUGAUCUCAGUGGGUCAGAUAAUAGGGUGAGGCGAGGCCUCACAAUGGUUUCAACCGAAGCCUCUGCUGAUAGUGACCUUUUUUCACACCUUGGCGCAUGUUGUGAGGCACAAGAUCAAGUUAGUUUUAGAACUGAAGAACCUUCUCAGAUAAGAUGUGAAACAUCUUCAAGUAAUUAAGAAGUCCAGUCGUUUUCUUUCCAAGCCAUUUAGAUCAUUGUCUCAGAUAACAAACAGUAAAUUGUGAAGGUAACAAAAAUAAUGUUCGUAAGGUUUUACCAUGAUUGUGCACCAACUGCCACCUUUUGUAAUAAUUUGAAACAUUGAUCCUAAGAUGAUACAUAUUGCUAAAUUCAUCACCAAACACCACCAUAACGUGUUGUAUUAGUGCUUGAAAAAGAUCUGCUGUGUUUACCUCGUUGAUUAGCAUUGCCACAUAGCCAUGUGUGUUGAUAAAGAAUCCUUCCACUAAAGAUGCUUUUUCACACUGAUUUGUUUAACUCUCUUUCAGUUAUGUAGCCAAGAGUAGAUGAAAAAGUAUAGUUCACUCUUAGCUUUGACCGGUACCUGUAGGGCUCUUGAGAUUUAGCAGGUGGGUGAACCACAAGAUUUAGUUUAUCAGCCGUUCAUAAAUGGACUGGCUGGAUGAUCAUCCUGCUGCAAAACCCAAGUGCGCUUUACUUUGAGGUCAUGAACAGAUGGCCGGACAUUCUCCUUCAGGAUGUUUUGGUAGACGGCAGAAUUCAUGGUUCCAUUUACCACAUCAAGUCUUCAGGUUCUGAGGCAGCAAAACAGCCCCAGACCAUCACACCACCACCACCAAAUUUUACUCUUGGUAUGAUGUUCCUUUUCUGAAAUGCUGUGUUACUUUUAUGUCAGAUGUAAUGGGACACACACCUUCCAAAAAGUUUAACUUUUGUCUCAUCAGUCCACAGAGUAUUGUCCCAAAAGUCUUGAGGAUCAUCAAGAUGUUUUCUGGUAAAACUGAGACGAGCCUUUAUGUUCCUUUUGCUCCACAGAGAGUUUUCAUAUUAAAACUCUGCUAUGCAGGCCGUUUUUUCAGUCUCUUUCUUAUGGUGGAGUCAUGAACACUGAUGUUAACUGAGGCAAGUGAGGCCUGCAGUUCUUUAGGUGUUGUUCUGGGGUCUUUUGUGACCUCCUGGAUGAGUCAUCAAUGUGCUCUUAGGUUAAUUUUGUUCGGCCGGCCACUCCUGGGAAGGUUCAAAACUGUUCCAUGUUUUCGCCAUUUGUGGAUAAUGGCUCUCACUGUUGGCUGGAGUCCCACAGCUUUAGAAAUGCUUUAUAAACUUUUCGAGACUGAGAGAUCUCUAUACUUUGUUUCUCAUUUGCUCCUGAAUUUCCUUGGAUCGUGACAUCAACUCUGGCUUUUGAGGAUCUUUUGGUCUACUCCACUUUGUUUGAUUAUCUGAAACAUUUGAGUGUGACAAACAGACAAAAACAUAGGAAAUCGGGAAGGGGGCAUUGAAGACAUUAAUAUCUUUUGUGCUAGUUAGCAAGCUGGCAAAUUGACUAAAGCAAUAGGCCUACAGAUUUUACACUGCCGCAAACUGCCACUACAGCAUGGCACUACAAUUCUGAAAUUCCUGGCCUGGGGAUAACCCUACAAACGGGCGUUUUUCCAGUAAUGUGUUGGCAUGCCAAUAUAAACAACUGUCUUGAACAUUGUUGUGAUAACAUUUUGAAACAACUGAUUUUGCAGCAGCUAUGAGGAGAAAAAAUCCAUAUUAAUACCUUUAAUGAUUCAAAGUAUGUGGUCGAGGUGCAGCUGUCAUUUGCUCUACUGGGGUAUUAAAGUCUUCUUGUCAAAAUCUAAAAACAGUGACCAUCUUAUAAGACAACAGUAUGUUGACACAGCUGUAUUCACGUUUAGUGAUGUUUUGAAGUUAUAGUUAUAUAAUCAUUUUAGACAGUACUAUGAACCUCCCUUCUGCAUACAUGCUAAAGUGUGUACUGUAUCAAAACCAGACCUGAAAUCUAUUCCUAUUGAGACAGUGAUUGCAUUUGGAAGUAUACAGGAUAGGUGUGGAAGUUUUCUAGACCUUGCGCGUUUCUCAUGAAUCACGAACAGCAUUAUCAUCCACUAUGAUUUACCAGAAAAGAGAAUCCAAACAUCUCUGAAGGUAUGGCUGCAUUUUGGUGUGGCUGAGCAGUGUCAAGUUAUUGUUAGAAUUGUUAUUUUACAGUUCUUGGUGUGUUGUAGUUUAAUUCAGAAGUUUUUUUUUAUAUAAUGAAAAGUUGCCAUAUUAUACCUAUGUGUUUUUCUGCUGGAUACAGUUCUGUUAAUGUGGGUCAUUUACACGUUUUACACUAGAUUUUGAUUUUGUCUGUUCACACCAUCAAAAAGAUUAACACCAAAGUUUUCUUCUAGGAUAUGUUCCAAAACCUUAUCUGUACGUUAGGUGUGAGAAACAUCUGCAUAAUGGACACUUUAGAAUAUUUAAGUUUAUUCAUAUUGCUUUAUUUUGAGAUGUAAAAGUUUCAACUUGAAAGGUCAAAAGGACACAUACAUUUAAAGGAACUUAUGUUCGGAGGCCAACUCUGACAUUUUGCAGCUGUUGUUUCUUGAUCUUCUGCUGUUUCCAUCUCUGGCAUCAACAGGAUGCUGAAAGUCAUUAAAAUGCUUUCUAUUUAGGACACAAAAAUCCUAUUCAUAUGAUACAGAAAAUGUCUCAUUUAAAUGACUACAUGGAUUUUCCCCGUUUAAAAUAAUUUUCUGUCUGUUUUUUCAUUGUAUUGUUUGUUCACUUGAAAAGAUAAAAUUCAGUUUUAAUAAUUAAUUCUAUUGUUGUUAAGUCACUUUGGAAUCGUUGUUUAGUGUCUUCACUCUUCAGUCUUUUUUUUUGUGUAUUUUCUUAUCUUUUUCUGCAAUCAGCAAUAUGUUUGCCUUUCUCGCUGCUAUUUGGUCCAUUAACAUACAGUACAGACACAGAAAAAGCAAAAUACACAUUAAACAAAGAUAUACAGAGACAUACAAGACAGACAGACAGACUGAGUGAACACAGCAUGUUGCCCAAAGAUAGCUUGGAGCAGCCAGGGACAGAACCACCAACCUCCCCAUUUGUACAUGACAUGCUCUACUACAGCCUUCCCAGCUGAGAAAACUAAAAGUGGAAUUGAAUUAAAGAGUUGGUAGGAAGACACAAUUUCUGGUGCAAAGACUGUGUUUGGAGAACUCGAAACAUCGCAAUAAAUCUGCAAAAUCCCUUGCCAACCAGAUAAAGCAAAAAUAGGGAAAAGUUAACGGGAUAAAUUACAUAAACUGGGAAUUCUGAUAAGCGGUUCUACACAAAUUUGAAUUAAGUUCAUCCUUCCAGGCUGGAUCAAAACAUUAUACAGUUCUUUAUAGCAUCAAUCCUACUGCACUUUAUUUGCAUAUGAAACAGAAAAUUCUCAAUUUCAGUGUAUUAACUCUUUAUAAAUAUUUGUAAAUAUUCUAAAUUUCUAUAGGUUUUAUUUUUUGCUUUUUUGUACAGAAUUUUUUUCUUAUUCAUUUAUUUUUUCUGAUAUAUCUUUAAUUCGCUUUUCCUUGCUGCUAUAAUGUGAAUUUCCCAAAGUGGGAUUAAUAACAUCUAUGUCCUGUUCCUCAUGAAGCUUUCUGAAGGAGUCAUGUGAAGGACAGUCUUGGAUUCCACGCAAAUGAUUUCAAAGUUGCAGCCCUGCUUUUUCAGAAUCAGAAGACUUUAUUUAUCCCCGAGGGGCAAUUAACAAACACUGCUCCCUGCACUUCCUGUAAAAUAAAAGCUUUACAAAUUUCUGAUAUAUACAGUGGAAAUACAAUUUACUAAUUACAAGAGAAAGCUGGAGUGGAUACUCCAGCAGAACAGCAUGAGGCAUGUGGAGUGGCCUGAAGACAAUCACUGGAUUCCUGCCAUCCAACAGCAGAAGAGCUGAGGGUGGUGAGGACAGAGCCAGUCUUUAACAGAUUCAACACUGCAGUUAAUUCUCAGCCCCCUGCUGACCUACCCGUAGUCAGCCUGCAAUCCAAAGCCAUGCCGCUAUAGCGUCUUUUAUAUUAGCCCUGUCACCCCAGGACUGUGGUCAAAGCCUUGCCAGCUGGUAAGGAUCCUCACCAAGCUGUUCAACCUCUCCCUGACUCAUGCCAGCGUUCCCACCUGUCUGAAGGCCUCCUCCAUCAUUACCUGCAGUCUUUUAUCCUGUCUUUCUCCCAUCACCUCCAACUGACUGUGGGAGAUGGCGAACCCUCCUUAAAACUGGUUCCGCCAGAAGUUUCUUCCUAUUAAAAGGGAGUUUUUCCUUCACACUGUCACCAAAUGCUUGCUCCAAGAGGAUUGUUUGUUGGGAUUUCUCUAUAUUAUUGUAGGGCCUUUACCUUAUAAUGUAAAGCACCUUGAGGCAACUGUUGUUGUGAUGCUAUUGAAAUCAAACUGAACUAAAUUGAAUAUCCAGAUAAAACAAAAAUACAUUAGACAAUUACAGUAUUACAUAUUGAAUUUAUUCAUGUACAUACUCUUAAACUGCCCAUAAACCUUUAUUUUAAACUGUAUUUGUUUCAAACAUCACAUUUAUUCAGUUUUAACAUCAUUCAAUUUUAUCAUCUACACUUGAAUUUGUUACAUUACAACUGCUGCAUUAAUCCAAAGACAGUAAAGAAACACAGAAGGGAUGAGAAGAUAGCUCAGUAACUUCCAGUGUGCAUGUAUCUUUGGGGAAUAUACUGAACCCAAAUCCACGGCAUCUGUGAGAGUGUGUGUGUGC